UCCGCGUUUCCAUUUCGAACUUCCGGUCUUCUUUUUUCGAGAACCGCUGAGGUAGCGGUUGAAUUAAUUAACGAGAAAAAUGGAUCCACAGACGUUUCUUGAUAUCGCCACGAAGGUGACGAAGUUAAAGAUGUAUCCGUAUUUCGACAUUGCCCACUACACUUUAAUGUGUGUCGCUGCAAGGGAUGAUGUACCAGCGAACUCCUCUGGAGGAACAGUGUUUUCCAGGAAGCACCCUCUCUCCUGCUGGGUGUCAUCCAUGCUGCUUUGUUUCGCCGGAAGUUUAAUAGCCAACUUUUUACUGGGGGAGCCGAUUCUUACCCCAUUCAAAGACCACAAAGCACUGCUGACGGCCUCUGUUGUAUGGUACUUGGUGUUUUAUUCUCCUUUUGAUAUUGUGUAUAAGAUGGUGAAAUUUUUACCUUGUAAACUGGCCAUUGCGGGUCUGAAGGAAGUUCAGCGGGCACACAAAGUGUACCAUGGGGUGGUGUACACGGCCAAGAUCUACCCCAACUCAGUUUUAAUUAUCCUAUUCAUCGGAACAAUCAAAGGAGCUGGAAGUGGUUUGAUGAAGACGUUUGAGCGCUUGGUGCGUGGUUUGUGGAUUCCCGGAACCAACGAAGUCUUGCAACCCUCUUUUGUCACUAAGGCCUGUUUCCUAGCCUCGCUGGUGUUCCUGAUGGAGAAGAUGAACUACAUCACAGCCCCCCACGCCCUGGUCUACUUCGGUGUGGUCAUUUUCUUUGUGUACUUCAAACUCUCUGCCCUUCUGCUUGGUAUCCACGACCCCUUCGCUCCAUUUGAGAACUUGUUCUGUGCAGUAUUUAUGGGAGGAAUGUGGGACGCCAUGCGGCGAGCAGUCGCCACAGAGCCCAAAAAGGAAGAGAAAGACGCCGACAUUCCAGCAGCAAAAUCUCGGGAGGACAAAAAGAAUGACUGAAGGAUUGGCCGAGGCAGAAGGACGAGAACCCCGUGUUGUGAAGUAGAGGAAACAUUUCUCCCCUUUCCGAGAUCUCCUUUGCUUUUGACUGUAUGUCUGUAUUUAUCCAAGAGUUUAUGUACAGUGUAGGUGUAGGAUCUUAUCAACUGUCACAGGAGUAGGACUUUAUCAACUGUCACAGGAGUUGUCCAGGGACACAUACAGAGAGGAUGGUGCCAGGUGGGGACAAUGGGUGGGGCUGGGAUAGUGUACCACCUGGCACUAUAACUCACCUAGGCAGUAGGCAGUUACGAAGACCGGGUGUAUUGUUUAGAUGUGGGACUUCUUUGACACAUUCAGUGACUUUAGAAUCAGUGGCCAUUUAUAUUUUAAAAAAAUUUGGACUAGCACCCCUAGAAAAAUUUUGCUUGAAAAACAAAUAAAAAGGGAAUAAGAUAUGCUCCAUUUAAUACUGUCUAAAUCUGUUAAACUAGCAAGCAAAGAAAAUUUCUUCUUUAUGAAAAUUUGUAUACAUGUAAUAACAUAUCUUUCUAUAACAACUUCAUUUAUAGAUGCUACCAUUGUAUCAUGUAUGCACAUGCUACUCUAGUAUUUAACAUCAGUAUUAAUAUUGCUAAUGCUGGUACAUGUAGUUGUACAACAUUUAGAAAAGAUCAUGUACUAUUUCAUAUAAAUCUAAAUCACACUGCACCAGGUGCUGUGGAAUCAUUUAAAAUUUGUGGGGCUUACAUUUCCUGGAUUUAGAGGAUUACCUCCAUUCUACCUGGUUAUUUAUGAAUUCAUGCAAAGAAAAAGGGAAAAAAAUAGUUUUAUAAUUUAUUGCCAGAAGAUGUAAAUUCAUGGGGGGGGGGGGGGGGGUGUUAUGUGAGGAUACCCAUAAGUUCCAUGAAAAUGGAGCUAUCAUGAAUUCAAUCAACUCCAGAGUGUUUGAUAGGGUCAUUGUACAUCAGUCUUUUCAGUAGUAAGACUAGUCUGUAGUAAUAAUGAAUAUAUGUAUCAGUAGAAAUAUCACUAGUGUUCAUUGUUUGGAAAAAAUGUUGCCAUCCAAUGAGGAAGUAAGAUAUAGCCACUGAUGAAAAGAUCUUGUGUUUCGUUCCUGUGUGCUAGCGUCACUGUCAAUAGAUCUGUUGGUUUUUUAUGACUGAACAGGAAGCGUGAAGUAUAGCGUUAUUUAUUGAUUCUACUUGUGUGUUGUUUGGAUGUCAAACUGAGCAUUAUUUAUCUAUGUACCGGUCUACAUUUACUGACUCGCAUACUCUUUUAAUAGCAAAACUAUUUUUAUACAUACCUUCUCUACGAAUUGUUCUCUUUACGACUCAGUUGUAUGCCUGUAUCAAUUUUUAUGCUAGUCUUUGUAAAGUAGUGCAAUAUACUCUACACAUAUUCAUUGAAUGAAAUUUUUAUGAAUUUUACAGGAACAACAUUUUUCUCUCUCUUUACAUAGACAUUGAACUGUUGAAUGCAUCGUCAACCUUUGUAUGACAGAUUAAAUUUGUGUCAUUUUUUUUUUCAUUGUGUCUGAAUUCGUGUGCUCAAUACCGAAUCUGGAUAGUUUAUCAGUUUUGAAUAAAUUUCUUUUGGAUGUACAA